ACAUCCGUCAUACGUCUUAAAAAAGCAAUAAAAUUUUACUUCAAAGGUAAAGCGAAACAGUUAGAAGAAACCCGUUAUUGUAUUUCGCCACGGGAUGCAAGUCUUACAGCUUGUGCGAAUGAAUUCACCUAAAAGUACUUUUCCUACUCACUAUCAUGUACUAAAAUCCACACCGUAUGGACAUGAAGCAAGACAAGAUAACGUUUUUUAAGCUAUUAGUAGAGCCCAAGACAAACAAGAUUUGUGCAGGAUGUUUCGUCCUGUUAGCUUUCUGCCGAUCCUUUUAGUAAUGCUUAAUGCAUGGGAGAUCACCCAAUCGCUGAACGAAGAACCUGUUCUGACUAACUGUGACAGUACGAAAUGCGUGUUGCCCGACUGUUUAUGCAUGAGCACAAGCCCUCCAAUGGGAUUGCUUCAGGAGGAGAUUCCUCAAAUGGUUUUCAUCACGUUUGACGACGCUAUCGGCGACUGGAUGUAUCCUACGUACGCAAAGAUAUUUGGCAACAGAACCAAUCCCAAUGGCUGUGACAUUGGUAUGACAUUUUACGUAACUCACGAAGGAACCAACUAUCGAUUGGUUAACGAAUUUUUUAAUAGAGGCAACGAAAUCGCAUCGCACACUGUCACACAUAAAAAUGAAUAUUCGUAUUGGAUGAAUACUUCAAUUGACUUUUGGAAAACGGAGGCCGGUCGUCAAAUAAAAAUCAUUAACACUUACAGCAAUGUCCCUCUUGAUAAAAUCCAGGGAUUCCGAGCUCCGUAUCUACAAACAGGUGGUGAUGCAACUUUUACCGCCUUACAAAGUUUGGGCAUGAAUUUUGACUCGUCGUUGCCAUCGAUAAAAUUCAUGGAUCCACCCAUAUGGCCGUUCACAAUGGAUUUCGGCGUCACUCAUGAUUGCGUGGUACCUCCCUGUGGAAACGAAACACAUCCUGGUUUUUGGGAUGUUCCCAUGGUUGCAUUGCAAAGCAGUCAGAAUGGUUCGGUAUGCAGUAUGGCUGAUUCCUGUUUGAAAUCAGGAAAUCUGACCGUUCAAGAGGUUUUUGAUUAUUUCAUGUUCAACUUUGAACGCUAUAACAAAACUCGGGCGCCUUUCGGUAUCUAUCAACAUAUUUACUGGAUUGUAAACGAAGCGGCUGUUCUCGAAGGAUUCGUAAAAUUUCUUGACUAUUUGACGUCCCUCGACUAUGUUUACAUUGUCCCGGUCAGCAAGGGAAUAGAAUGGAUAAGGAAUCCCAUGACAUUGGAAAAGAUGAAAGUAAACAACCCCUUUAGUUGCGAUCCUUCCUCCAUCGAACAGGCGCCAUGUCUAGAACCGCAAGUUUGUUACUACAACGAAUCCGUUCCAGGAGGUGAACGUAGCAUGGGGUCUUGUGUCCCUUGUCCUGUUGAAUAUCCAUGGCUGGAGGAUCGAUCCGUCUCCACUACUCCCGUCUCCACUACUCCCGUCUCCACUACUCCCGUCUCCACUACUCCCGUCUCCACUUCUCCCUUUUCUCAGUCCGCUGCUGCGCUAAAACAGCCCGAGGUCAUUGCGGCCAUUUCGUCAAUUUUGACAAUUUUUGGAUGGUGGAUUCUCUAAAACUAUCGAAUGUUUCCAAAAUUAGUAUCGAUAAUUUCAUUGGCCCAAGUUACUAUGGCUCUGUAAUCAAAGUUAGAUAACAGACUGUGUCGGAGUAAAGAACAGUGUCUACUUUUGUGUUGCUAGCUAUCGUUAAUCUUAUAAUCAGUGGUGCAAUCAAACUCAUCCAUAGUUGUGUGCAAUGUUUUCCAUAAAAAAUCUGGCAAUUC